AUGUCGAAUCAACACUAUUACAACGAACCGCACCAGCAAUAUCCACCACCACAGGGCGGGUAUAAUCCUGGAUACGGCGGUCCUCCGCAGCCUCCUCCCCAAGCUUACCCACAACAAGGAUACGCUCCCCCGCAACAGUUCGGCUACCAGCAACCUCCUCCACAACAGUACCAGGAGCAGCGCGGUGGUAAGGACCGAGGAUGCUUGGGUGCUUGCAAAAUGAAAUCCCCCCACCCAGGCGACUUUAAUCAACCUUCUGAACGCGUCUUCCGCAGCGUCGAGCGUCAAUCCCCCUCGUCUCGCUCACGAGAAGACCCGCACACGCUGGAUCUCGAUGAGCGAGGCCGUGAUCGACUUGCUCGAGCGCAAGGCCGUCCCCGCCGUCGCGCCACGGCGUCGAAAUCACGGAGUCGUAGUAGUGGGAGUGCGUCCAAGAGGCUAGCAAAUUCGAGACCGAGGUCAAAGAUGAGGGCAUCGAGUAACGGGAAGCCAGAUUACCGGUAUGCUUAUUACUAG